CCGAAUACCAACUAGAAACGUUGUCGAGGCCAUUGGAAGCAAGACCCAACGCACUCCAUUUGUGUUUGUGUUAGCUCGAAAGCUGCUGUGCAGUCACUAACUACAUCAUCCGUUGUAGUUGAUGAUAUUAUAGGAUAAGGAAGCUCUACAAACUGGUCGGAGCGCAAGAUGGCGGACGUGGAGGACGACACCGUUGGGCCGCCCCCACCGCCUGAGGAUGCGGAGCAGGACCAGGGCGAGCAGGAUACUGAUGUGGGCCCCAGCAUGCCCAAGCCAAAGAAGCGGAAGGUUCUGGAGUUCGAGCAGCAGUACCUGGAGGUACUGCCCUCGGCAGCCAUGUAUGAGCGCAGCUACAUGCACAGAGACACCGUGAACAACGUGGCGGUGACAUGCACAGACUUCAUCAUCACCACGUCCAUAGACGGCUUCAUUAAGUUCUGGAAGAAGCAGCCGCGCGGCAUUGAGUUCGUGAAGCAGUACCGGGCGCACGUGGGCGCGGUGGACGGCCUGGCGGUCAGCUUCGACGGCACGCUGUGCAUGACCCUGUCACGCGACCGGACAGUCAAGAUCUUCGACGUGCUCAACUUCGACCUCAUCGUGAUGAUGCGCCUCACCUUCACGCCCGGCUGCGCAGCAUGGAUCUACAAGAAAGGCGAGGCCAAGGCUCGGCUGGCCAUCUCCGACCUCAACAGCGGCAAGGUGCAUGUGUACGACGCACGGGACGGCUCGGACAAGGCGCUGGCGGAGGUGGAGGUGCACCGGGCGCCUGUGGCGGCCAUGCGCUACUGCGCGCCGCUGGACCUGGUGGUGUCCACCGACACCAAGGGCAUGAUUGAGAUGUGGUGCGGCACCAGCUACGGCCACCCGCAGCCCGACACCAGCUCGGGCCAGGCGGUGCCGCGGCUGGCGUGGAGCAGCAAGCUGGACACGGACCUGUUCGACCUGGCCAAGGCCAAGACAGUGGCCAAGUCGCUGGAGGUGAGCCGCGACGGGCAGCAGUUCGCCAUGGUGUGUGCCGACAAGCGCGUGCGCGUGUUCGCCACCCGCACCGCCAAGCUGCGGCGGGUUUACGACGAGUCGCCGGACGCAGCCAACGAGGUGCAGCGCAGCGGGGCGGAGAUGUUCCAGCUGGAGGACAUUGACUUCGGUCGCCGCAUGGCUGUGGAGCGCGAGCUGUGGAACAGCGCCGAGGAGACGCACGGCCCGCCCAAUGCAAUCUUCGACGAGUCCGGAAACUUCCUGUUCUACGCCACUCUGCUCGGCGUCAAGGUGGUCAACCUCACCACCAACAAGGUCGUGCGCGUGCUGGGCAAGGUGGAGAACUCGGAACGCUUCCUCACGCUAGCGCUCUACCAGGGCGCCUCCAGGGGCAAGUCGGGCGCGCGGCUGCGCGGCCUGCCCACGGUCGAGCAGGUGGAGAAGCUGCUGGGCGCCUCCGACCCCACCCUGUUCGCCUGCGCCUUCCGCAAGCAGCGCUUCUACAUGUUCACUCAGACGGAGCCGACGGAACCGGAGGACCCCGCGGCGCCGGGUCGCGACGUGUUCAACGAGAAGCCGGCGCUGGAGGACCUCAUCGCGGCGGAGGGCGGCGCGGCGCAGCCGGGCCACUCGCUACCACACGGCGCGCGCAUCCACACAACCAAGGGAGACAUCGUGGUGAAGCUGUUCCCGGACGAAUGCCCGCGCACCAUCGAGAACUUCACCACGCACUCCCGCAACGGCUACUACGACGGAGUGCUGUUCCACCGCGUCAUCAAGAACUUCAUGAUCCAGACAGGAGACCCGCUGGGCGACGGCACGGGCGGCGAGUCCAUCUGGGGCGGCGAGUUCGAGGACGAGUUCCACAAGGCGCUGCGGCACGACCGCCCAGGCAUCCUGUCCAUGGCCAACGCGGGGCCCGGCACCAACGGCUCGCAGUUCUUCAUCACCACUGUGCCCACGCCCUGGCUGGACAACAAGCACACGGUGUUCGGGCGGGUGAUCAAGGGCAUGGACGUGGUGCUGGCCAUUGAAAAGACACGCUGCAACAAGGACGACAAGCCGCUGGAGGACAUAAAGAUUCUCAACAUCGUGCCCGUGGAGACGGUGGAGGACUAGCGGCCGGGGGCGACACAGAGGCGGCAGGGGAGUGGUAACAGGGCUAGGGGGCGGGAGGGCCAGGGCGGGCACGUGCGUGGCGCCGAGGUGGGAGGGCUGGGCCGAGCGUGCGUGUGCUGGGUGUGUUCAUGCGUGUGUUCGUGUGUCAUGUCCAGAUUCAAAGUGCCGUACCCGAGGCCGCACUGUGGCGGGGGCGCGGGAGAGGCAGUAGGGGAUGUGACACAGCGCGGCUGCUAUGCGUUAUGGUGUUGUGUUCAACGACCGGUCAGGAACUCAGGGACUGGAGUUGACACAGACUCGAGACUGGAUGCGGCACGCAGGCAGGACUGGAGACAGGACUGACUACGUGCGGCUCACGGUGUAGAUGAAGGGCGUCGGCGUGAGGGCUCCCUGCGCUUGGCCGCAUGCCGGUGUGCGGCGAUGAGCGCUGAGGGAUGUGCGGCGGCAAGUUGGGGGGAAGGGAAAGGGCCGAAGGGGCUUGCAGGACCGCCGCCGGUGUCGCAGCGUGUGUCUGCUAGGAAUGCAGGGCCGGCGUGCUGCUGCGGCACCGCUGGGGCGCGGCUGGUGAGAUGGUGUUCAAAGGUUGUUAGGAGGCAGGAGGAGGCAGGAGCUGUGCAGGCAGCGUUUGCUGGGUGGCGCGAGGGCGCGCGGCUUGGGCCCCAGCUGCUGGCGGAACCCAUAAAUAGUAGCGGUUGUGUAUUGCAACAAAUGUAUUCUGUUGGUGAUUCUCAGUCGUGUCAGGCGUUGCUGCUGUUUGGCCUUCAGCCCCGGAGCACACCGGAGGUGGAAACACCCAGCGUUGCCGGCUUGCCGCAGGGGGUUAGGCAGCUGUAUGUAACAGGCUUACUGU